AUACCCAUCUAUAUAGUAUAUAGAAGUCAGUUUGCAGACUAAAAGGCAACGCGUCUGUCUUUGAAGAGAUCAAGUUUCGAGUAUAGAAAUGGUCGAUGAGCAAGAUAAGCUACUACCUAUUGCCAACGUGGGUAGAAUAAUGAAGCAAAUCCUGCCACCAAGAGCCAAGAUCUCCAAAGAAGCUAAACAAACAAUGCAAGAAUGUGCAACAGAGUUUAUAAGUUUUGUAACAAGUGAGGCAUCUGACAAGUGUCACAAGGAGAAUCGUAAGACAGUGAAUGGAGAUGACAUCUGUUGGGCUCUCAGUGCUCUAGGGUUUGAUGACUAUGCUGGGGCUAUAGUAAGGUACUUACAUAAAUAUAGGGAAGCUGAAAGAGAAAAAGCUAACCAAAGCAACAAAGUAACUAGCAGCCAGGACAAAGAUGAAGAAUCAAACCAUAAAAGGGAUCAGACUGUUGUGAGUGAGCAGCAAGUUGAAACUUUAACUCCACUAGAGUCCAGGCUUCUUGGGAAAGGUAAAUCCCCUCUUACAAAGCCAUCUUGAACAACAUUUUGACUGCUUAUGAUGAAGAUGAAGAUGAAUGCAAUGACUUUGCAAUCAGUUUGCAAAUUUUGUAAUUCUCCGGGAUUGAAUAGAAGCAAGAAGAAUCAAAGCUGCUAUAAGCUAAAUAGCUUACCUUGUAUGUCUCUCAAGUUAUGGUUAUGGCUCCUCUCUUUGUAUUAAUUUGCUUAUUCUUUUCCCUUUUGCCUCUUUUGGAGGAGAGUAACUUGGUUGAAUUUGUGAACUAAUCUGUAGCAGUUGUGUAUUUAGAACUCUAUGACUGGUACUAAUGUAGAGCGGUUGAAAGAGUUUUAAUAACUGGUUUGUGAUUUGAAGGAAACAGAAGCUCUUGUAUAGUCUUCUAUGAGAGGAAGGUUACUUUGCUUUGCUGAAGUGCUAGCUAGAUCGAUGAAAUUGAAAUAUUUCUUUCCUUGAAUCCACUACUUUUCUUUUCAAUUAUGGUACAUCUUACCCAUAAACAUUUUGAUGAAGGUCAAUUGAGUCUAAACUUAUAAUUUAUCAAAUUUUAUUUCAGUUUUAUGUAUAUUCUAGUGGAAACUGCUAUAUUGGGUUUCCCCAGAAAGAUCAAGAAUGUCUAUGUGCAUGUCCACACACGCACAAGUCUUAUUCAAGUGUUCCUGACAAGUGAUAACAAUAGCACUUGAUGUUUUAUGUUCCAAUCACUACAUAUUUAAUUAUUUCUUAGACCUUGUGUCCAGCAGUUUCUUGUACAUGAUACCUAAUCAUUUCUAAA